AUGAGGCCCACCCAGCUGCUCGCGGCCGUCGUCGCCCUGUCGUCGCUCUCUGCGGCGUGGCCUGAGGCUUUUCAUAAUGCGAAUGCACUGGCUGAUGUGCGUGAGGCCCUGUAUGGACGACAGGACAACUCAGGUUCCUCCAAGCCCACUGCCACCGACGAUGCCAAGUCGACCGGCGACUCGCGGCCCUCGAACAGCGAUGCCAGCCAGACGGCCGAAUCGACAGCCAAAGAAACAGGCAAGCAAUCCGCAUCUGGUUCAGACUCACAGAGCUCUGGCAAGGUCACUGGCUCCAUCACCAGCUCAGCAAAAAGCACAGCAACCAAAUCCACCAAAUCAAGCUCCAUCGAUCCCCGAUCGCCUGCCGGUGCUGUCUCCAUGGUGACCCCAUCCGCCCUGGCUGGUUCCCAGUUCUACAAGAUCGGAGAUUGGGUAACGUUUGCGUGGAACUACACCAACCUUCUUGUAACGCCUGCCGCUGUUGACGUGCUUGCAACAUGCACCGCAAACCAGGCCACAUAUACACUCGCUGUGAACAUGACGGUGCACGAGACAGGCCGAGUACUGUGGGAUACCGGCGCCUACCAGAGUAGUGCAACUGUGCCCUUGCUAACCGAAACGUAUACCCUGCUCAUCUACGAUGCCGAAUCCAGCGUCAGCGCGACGGCGAAGCCGGGCUACCUCGGUGUUUUUAAUCAAUUCCAAUUCGGCAUGUAUACACCGCAGCCAUACACGCCAUGGGCUGACUACAAAUGCUCAACUUGCAACUCCGCCCUCUCCUCCCUCGAACGCAUGACGCUCAAAGCCCUCCUCUUCACUACUGGCACAACUAUCGCUUCACUCCUCUACUUCACCUAUAGCUUCGGGAUGUGGUAA